AUGAAAGUCUCUAGCGGUGUUCUCCUAGCCAUUGCUGGGCUUGGCCGAGCCACCCGUGAGGGUGCCGUCGCCAACAGUCCCACCCUGGCUACUGUGAACUCGCACACUCUGUCGAGCACAUACUACUCUCAUUAUUCUACUCUUCCUCCUCCGUCGUCCGCGUCGACCCCCUACUCAAGCACGAAGCAGGGUCUAUCGCCUUCUUCGUCGCCGACCACCAACCCUUACCAUUAUACUCCUCCGUCCUCAUCGACCACGGCCACCUUUCACUAUACUCCUCCUUCGUCGUGGUCAACCACGGCCACCUUCCAUUAUACUCCGUCGACGACCUUCUCGUCAAGCACGAAGCAAGAUCCGUCGCCUUCUUCGUCAACCUCCUCCACCUAUCACUAUACUCCUCCUGUUCAGUCAUCGUCAACAACCUCGUCAUCAACCACGAAGCAGGUUCCGUCGCCUUCUUCGCGGACCAUCACCACCUAUCAUUAUACUCCUCUGCCGUCGUCGUCAGCCACCUUCUCGUCGAGCACGAGACAGGGUCCAUCGCCUUCUUCUUCGUCGACCACUACCACCUAUCAUUAUACCCCUCCUGUUCCUGUUCCGUCGUCGCCAACAACCUUCUCCUCAAGCACGGAGCAGCCUCAUUCGUCGUCGAUCAUCUUCUCCUCGAGCACGGCGCAGCCUCAUUCGUCGUCAAUUCCCUACUCCUCGAGCACUAACGGGGCUCCGCAGCCACCUCCGUCGUCUUUCUCUCAUACCCUCACCACCAGCUUAAUCUCGUCGACCUCAUCUGCCGUUGCUACAAUCACCUUCUCCUCAAGCACGAAGCAGCCUCAUUCGUCGUCGAUCAUCUACACCUCAAGCGCUAACGGGGGUCCGCAGCCGCCUCCUUCGUAUUCUGCCCCUGAUUACACUCUCACCACCAGCUCGAUCUGGUCGAGCUCGUCUGCUGUUGCCUCUACCUCCUGCCCCACAAGCAGUACGUGGGUUCCGUCACCUUUUCUGCCUCCGCUGCCUCCGCCGCCGGCAAGCUCGCCGUACUCCCCAACCACCGCACCGGGGACAUGGAUUGAACCGUCGACCUGGGCUAGUACCUCGAUUUGGGUGCUGCCAACCACUACGUCUGGCACGACCUCCACCUGGACAACCUCAAGCUACGUGCCGCCGGGCACAACCCUCUCCUUUAUCACGGUUACGGUGACCAAGCCCUGUCCCACACUGAGCACCAGCUGGGGGCCGACGGGCAUCCCCACCACCACGCAUGCCGAGCCUGCUCACACGGAGCCCGCUCACACGGAGCCUGCUCAUACCGUGCCUGCUCAUACCGUGCCUGCCCACACGGAGCCUGCUCAUACGGAGUCUGCCCACACCGAGCCCGCACAAACCGAGCCUGCCCACACCGAGCCUGCCCACACCGAGCCUGCUCACACGGAACCUGCCUACACGGAGCCCGCUCACAGCGAGCCCGCUCACACCGGGCCCGUGUACAGCCCGUCCUCUUCGCACCCGUCGUCCAAGUCCUCUGAGACCCCCUCCUCCAAGCCCUCUUCCUCCAAGCCCUCCUCCACGCCCUCGGGGCCGAAGGCCACCCACGAACCGCACGCGAAGCCAAACCACUCUACCGGCGCCGUUGCCGUUGUCACGCCCGCGAUCGGCCAGAGUGCCGCCUUGGCGGCUUUCGUCUUUGUGGCUGUGGUACUGCUGUAG